AUGGGUUUAAAUGGAAUGCGUUCAACAGCUAACACAUACAAUUCAACUUUAACUGUAACAAAUAAAAGUUGGAAUGGGAAUGAAAUGGAUAGUAACGAUAAUAAUAAUAUAAUUAUGAGACCUAAAAAGAUAAAGAAUGUUCAAGAAAAGCAACAACAAAGGCUGAUACGAUAUCGACCGCUAAGUACAGCUAAUUCAUAUGCUUCUUCACUUGCCUCAUCCGGUAUGACCGACAUCAAAUGGCGUAACUCACGUGCUUCACCAUGUUCAUCACUGUCAACUAGCUGUCAACAUAUCCAUGAAUCGCCUAAUAUGUGGAGAUAUGAAGGAUAUUUGGAAGAGGAAAGAGCAAUAAUUAAUCGUGGCGUCGAAUGUGCGAAACGACUAAGUGCUUGGUAUUGUGAACGGUUGAAAAGUAUAGAAAAACGAAGCAGCCUACUAGAUCGAGGACUGGUACCUGUUGAUGGAGCUGUACAUGAAGAAAAACUAAAUUAUCUCCGUGCGCAUAUUGCCGAACUCAAUAGACGAAUAACAUCAUUGAUGGAAAGCAGUGAUCACUCUUUCCCAACACAUUCUAAUUUGCAGGUGAAAACACAAAUGCCACAACCGAGUGAUGAUCAUAGCCAAUACUAUCGACGACAAAAUAUCAAAUUAUGUCAGGAAUUGGCUGAUAAAAAUCUUUUAAUUGAACGACUUCUCCACGAGAAGGCUGAGAAGAACAAAGAACGUAGUAGCGCAUUCCGAAAAGUUGAACCAAAAAGGUUGGCAUCAACAACAACAACAACAAAUACUGAAAGGAAGAAUCAUUACGCUCAAUCACGCACAUGGAUACCAUCGGAAGGGACGUUAAUGUGA